AUGUACUCGAGUAUUCCUCGACAUCCAGUAGCUUACACAGCCGCUGUUGUAUAUUUCUCCCAUUGUCUAUUCUUUCGCCUCACAUCCUUCCUAUGCUUUCUCCCCCUCCCUUUCGCCCCUCAUUCCCCUCUGUCACAGUACCGGGGCAAAACCUCGGAUCAGCAAAAGAACCUCUACUGCAACUUUCGCUCGUUUGCUUCUCACUCGUCUACGCCCUUCUCCUCCCUCAUGAGGGAGGACAGUCAACGUGCACAAGUUGCCAUCAACGGCUUCAUUGGCUCCAUUCUUAUUGUGGUGGGCUCCAUCGUCUAUGUCCUCUGGUCCGUACUGCCAGAUGAGGUGCUUCACCGGAUGCACAUGACCUACUACCCGGAUCGCUACUGGGCUGUCGCGGUUCCCGCCAUUCUCGUGAUGUUUCUCGUCCACUACUUCACCACGUCUUGGCUACUGGUGCUUGUCACAACGCACCCGUUGACCGAUGGCCGGUGCAUCACAGAUGAGGACAGCAAGCCGGACACAGAGAUCGAGGUCGGCGCACUGGCAGACUCUGGCAGCAGCUUGCCGCCAUGGGUAGAUAUUCCAGUGUCGGUGGCAAGCCACCUCUUGUUCGAGCCGUGGAAUAAGAAGGUGUAA